AUGCCAAGACCGACCUUUCCAGGAAAACAGGAACGUGCUGCCGUACCUUUCCUCUCACUUCCAUCGGUGUAUCCAAGGUCCCUCGGUUCUUUCUCUCGUCGUUGGUUCUAUGGCUCACUAGUCUACAAUCGUCUCUUGACCACGAUAUACCUUCAGAGUCCGCAUCCGUCAGUGAAUGGUAACCUAGUGGCUGGAUACCACAGUUUGAUGGCAGCGGUCUAUCUUCACAACGCUCUCUACGCCCGCAACCCUCCAGAACCACGCGACAGUCUUGUUCAUUCCAGAAACCUCUCUACGAUCUCGAGCGCGACCCUCUUAACCAGCACAACUGUCCAUUCACACCCGAACGAGCCGCUCCUCCAGCCCACAGCCACCGCACCAGCUACAGCCGCAUACUUUGAGCAACUCUCCCGACAACCCCGAAAUUCAGAUGGAACGCCAGCUCGACUUCGAUGGGACGACCGCGUCACCUUGGACGGCGGUCAUCCGCCAGGUCUGGGAGAGAAAGGACGGCCAUGGAGGAGGGGUCGAAUCCGAAGACCAGAGGGUCGGUGGGGUUGGGCCAAGAUGGCACUGGAAGUCGUCAUGGCUGCAUGGGCAACGUACAACGCCGUUCGGUAUUUUUUCGCCUUUUCAGCGCAUAACGACACGGUCGGCCAGACUUUCUGUCUCGCCCUCGGUACCAGUGCGGGUGUUUCGUUCGCACUGGCCUUCUCCGCCAAGGUUCUCGGGGUGUUGAAGCCCAAGCUCUUAAUCCAGAGUGUAGUGUACAAGUACCUGAAGUAUGUCCGAGCGACCCUCUUUUUCCUCUCCUCUUUCGCCCUCCUCGUUCCUGCAGCUGUCAAUUUCGCCCUCGUUUUCUUCUGGAAGGACUCCCCUCAUCCCCAACUAUCAUUGGCCCACCGAUGUCGAGUCGACGUCGACGUAGUCUGGUCUGUGUACGGAAGAGAAUGUGAUCCGGCAUCCCCAUGGUCUACUUGGAUUAUCAUCUCCACCGUCCGUCUCGCCCUGACCCUCACCGCCAUUAUUGCCUACCACGCCAUCUCUUUUCUGCAUCCCGGAAUUCAUCGACGUCCGAUACACCGCCAUCUCCGCUCAGAAUCGUUUGCGUCUACACCAUCCAUAUCGGGAGAUGUCGCGUCCCCUUCUACCCUCAGCGCACAGCGUCAAGCAUCUGAGGCUACGUUGGUCGACGAAUCGUCCUCCCGACACCCCAGCCGAACAAGAUUGGCACGGUCACGCUCUUCUGGCCUGUCUGGCGAGUCUUGCUCGGGGGAGCCUCUUUCGUUUGGUCUGUCGAGUGUGGUCGAGGCCGCUGAGGUUCAUCAAAACGCAUCCGAUGACGGAUUCCAUUCCUCAUCCCAAAUCACGAACCAGACAGAAGAGGCAGUUGGUGGCGCUCGGUCAGAUGGUGCAUCCUCACCAGAUGCACUAUCUAGGGGUCGUCCUCCAAGCUAUUCUUCGGAAUAUGACCGUUACGACGAAGACGAUAGCGACGAGUCCGACGAACACAUUUACGAUCGACCCAGCAUCGACCCCGAGAAUCUGUUCAACCUCCCUCGCGUCCCUCCAGCUCUCGGAUACAACGAAUUUGGCCUUCCGUACCCCCCUGACCAGAAUGUGCGGGUGCUGAAUGGGGUCAUCAGACGCAUGCCUACCAUCGAGUCCAUGGGCUCUGGCGAAGUCGGAAGCCUCGGCGCCUCCAGCCACCAGGGCAACGGGAGCAUGUACACGUCAAGCAGACCACCGACGCGCAACACCCUGCUCUCGUUUAGCGACUACGAUCCACAGAGCAGCAAUCCUCCGAGUCGCGCGAACAGCCUAUCUAUGAGAGCGGAGAUGCUUGUAAACAUGACGACCUCGGAGCAUGGAGAACUGGUGGGUAGAUCGGACAUCGCGAUGAGGCGUAUGUCAAGCCCCACGAGCUUCACCGAUCAAGGUGGAAGCAGCGUCGGCGCACCAGAGAGCCACUCUAAUGGGACAACGGUCAGCCGUACAACGUCGACGACCGCGUCGUUUCACACAGCGAUGACAGGUAGCAUGAACGAUGCGAAUCCCCCACCCUCUCCCAACGAUGGAACCUACCCACCAUUCAUUCCCUCAAAAGGCCACGAAAUCUAG